CCAGUUAAAUCAUUAUUCCAAAUUCCAGCAAUAUAUAUCGAUUGCCGCCGACAACAAAUCUCCAUUGUCAUGUCGCGUAUGAUCAGCCGGGAAGAGAUCCCCCGGGACAGGAGUCUGGCCCAGGAGUUACAAACUGAAAUUACCCGCAACUCGGCGGAAAUCAGCUUCAACUUCUGGCAGGAGUUCGAGCACAUCCGCUCCACCCAGCGGAAUCGCAUGGUGGAGGAGCGUUUGCAGCGCGAAAGGAUCAGCACGAUGAUGCGGGAUGGGCAACAGGAGGCCAAUCAGGAGGCGGAGGCCCUAAGCCGAUCCAUCAGUGCUCAUGGAAUGACUGUGAACUCAACCAAUUUGCCAUCACCCUCAGUAGCAGCACCUGGGGAUUCCUUGCUGAAGAACUCUUUGGUUCAAGGGGUCCUGAACUUGUCCACUCGCCUAAAUCCAGGUGUUAAAAGAAAGCCCCAAAAGCAGAAAUUCCAAUCUUUUAAGACCAACAAGUCGAAACCAAGGGCCAAGUCCGAUUAUAAGGCAACCUUGCCAUCGCCAGUCCCCUCCAAUAUUCCAAGGGCACCACCCACCUCCAGGGCCACUAUGAUAACCCCAAAUAUCUCCAAUGGGGUCACCCCCAACAUAUCAAAGCUUCGAUUGGCCAACAAACCCAAGAAGUAACGAUUUUAUUUUUAUUUUACCUAAAUUAUAUUUUAGAGAUAUUGAAUGUGGUUUUAAAAGUUUUAGUGCAAAUGAAAAGGUGUAUGUAAAGUCAAUGGCAAAAUGAAAAUUAAUUUAAAAUAUGUAAGCCUAAAAGCAUUAUAAAUAAAAUUUGGGCAGACAAAAUUAAAGUCACAAA